GAUUCAAUAGAAGGUCAAGUGUUGUAAUCAUCGUAAUGACGCGACAAAAUUAAAACCUUUGCGAUUUUAUGCAUUAGAACAUUUUAUCGUAUUGUUAUCUGCGUAUAUCAGCACUGCGUGCUGAAAUUGAACGAUUUUAUCACUUGUAUAACCUCAAGCCGCUUAAGUGUGUCUGCUAGUUAAUGAAAUAUUUCUGUAGUGCGACUAGUGCAGUUCGGUAAUGUGCCGGCAUAGAAAUCAAAUCAGUUGAAUCGUAAGCAAGUACAAAAUCGUAUUAUUUUCGUGCUAACAUCGUCGUUGAGUGCGCAAAUCGUACACCUGCCGUUAAGUAUUAAUAAAGAUGAAUAAAUCAGCGGACUUGCGAAGAAGAAAGGCGAACGAUAAGGAGAAUGGCAGACCUGCGCACCCACGCAAGUCGAAGCAAAAAAGUCGUAACGUUGAGGCCAGCGGCAUUUACAAAUCGCUGAUCUGUCUGCUGGUCAGCGGUACAUUGCUCCUUUUUGUUACACUUUUAUACACAGACAAUGACAUUCCGUGGCAUGUUAGCAAUCGAAUCGUUGAUAAUGUGGCGAAGUCGAUGGGCACACAUUAUCCCGUCUAUGCGGUGGUGCUGGAUGCCGGCAGCACGGGAUCAAGGGUACUUGCUUUUUCAUUCCACCGGGCCAUUAUGAAUGGCGAUUUGAUACUUGAUAAGGAAUUAUUCGAGUAUACUAAGCCAGGAUUGUCUGCUUUUGCUGAUGAUCCAGCCAAGGCUGCGGCCAGUAUCAAUAAUUUGAUAGAAAAAGCCAAGGAUGAGAUUCCGCAAGAGUAUUGGCAGCAGACUGUGUUAAUUCUUAGAGCGACAGCUGGACUUAGGCUACUCCCAGCUGCAAAGGCCAAUAAAUUACUGGAUACUAUUAGAGAACUGUUCAAGAAAGUACCUUUCCAAACCAGGGAGGAUUCUGUUGAGAUUAUGGAUGGGACUGAUGAAGGAAUCUUCUCUUGGUUUACUGUUAAUUAUUUACUACACAAUAGCAAAGCUGCAAGAACUGUCGCUGCUCUUGACUUGGGCGGUGGAUCCACACAAGUUACAUUCGCGCCACAGACUCCAGCGACUCUCAAACAAAGAGAAUUCAUCCACGACGCACUUUUGGGUCAAGGAAAGACCCAAGUUUUCACCAACAGUUAUCUAGGUUUAGGAUUAAUGGCGGCACGCAAGGAGAUUUUAACGCACGACAACGAUGACACUGCACAUAUUACCAGUAUUUGCGUGAAUCCUGUUAUCAAAAACAAAAAGUGGCACUAUGGUGGCACUGAUUAUCUUAUCAGCGGUCCACAGGAGAAUUAUCCGACGAAAACUUAUCCUAAUACUGCGAUCAGUCAACAGGAACAUGUUCCAAUUGUUGAUUUAGAUAAAUGUAAACAGAUUGUUCGCGACUAUGUAAAGACCAAGGCAACACCAUUGGCUGAGUUGUCAAAUAAGCGCAUCUUCGCUUUCAGUUACUAUUUUGAUAGGGCUGCUGAAUGUGGACUGAUUGAUGAAACUAAAGGUGGAUCUGUUACAAUUGAAGCACUGAAACAUGCACAAACUAAAGUUUGUGAAGAUCCAAACACUGAGCAGCCAUUCAUGUGCUUGGAUAUGAGUUUUAUAGUGAGUCUAUUGGAAGAUGGACUUGGUUUGGACAAUUCUACAACAAUUAAUCUUUAUAAGAAAAUUGACGGACAUGAAAUUAGUUGGGCUCUUGGUGCUGCAUACAAUCUCUUGCACGAGAAUUUAAAAUAAAACGCAACACAACGACCACAAGUGCCUUCAGAUUUUAUGGAUGGGGUGUUUUUUCUUAAUCAUUUUGUCUUUGUUAGGCUGUGCAAUGUUUUCUUGGGAUUGUAAUUGUAAAUUAAUCUGGUCACGAAACAUUUCUACACAAAACUGUUAAACGCAUUAAUAUAUAUAUAGUUUUUAUUAUUACUUCUUUAAAAACGCAUUGAAACCAAAUUGUAACAAGACAUUAACAGUGAUUAAAUUAUACACAGUUUGGUACAAUUGGUAAACACA